AUGUGGCAUAACGCUCGUCUUUCCAUGUGCGCUCGCUGCAGUGCGUUGCUUGCUUUAUAUACCUAUUUCAUGCCCCAUUCAGAUCCGCUCUCGCUGCGCCAGAGGUUGCGCCUAGCACAGGGAGCAGCAGAGGGCCUGGCAUACCUGCAUGGGUUUGAGACACCCAUCAUUCACCGUGACAUCAAGCCGGCCAACAUCCUUGUGUCGGCAGACAUGCAAGCCAAGGUGGCUGACUUUGGGCUGCUCAAGCGCCUCACUCACGGCGAUGCUGAUGCCACGCGAGUGGCUGGCACCCCUGGCUAUGUGGAUCCGGACUACGUUCGCACCAACGUCAUCACUGCCAAGAGUGAUGUCUUCAGCUUUGGAAUCGUGCUUCUUCAGUUGCUGAGUGGAAAGUCUCCGCAAGUCGACGCAAAAACACAUAUAAGAAAAUGGGCAGUAAAGCUGGUAGAGGCAUAUGAGCUGGAUGAGCUGAGGGACAGAAAGAUGCCAGCGGCAAGCGAGGAGGCCAUAGUGGACUUUGCAGACCUGGCUCUGGACUGCAUCAAGUCUCCCGGCACACGGCGACCCACCAUGAAGGAUGUGGCAUACCGCCUCAGUGCCCUCAUUGACAAGCAUUGUCCCAACAGGGAGGAGUGGGAGGGUGUCGCAGAAGGAGAGAGUGCAACCAACAAGGAUAUGUCUUCAAGGAGUGUUUCUGCUGUGUCGUUUGGAGAUGGUGGGAGGGAUUAUGAGCAGUCGCAUGGCUCACAUUUUGGUGUAAGCUCAUUUAUGGCAUUACCUCGAUAA